AUGUCAGGACGUGGAAAAGGUGGUAAGGCGAAAUCUUCUGGGAAAGCGAAAAGCCGCUCAUCGCGUGCUGGUUUGCAAUUUCCAGUAGGGCGAAUUCAUCGUCUGCUACGUAAAGGAAAUUACGCGGAACGUGUUGGUGCUGGUGCUCCAGUGUAUCUAGCUGCGGUUUUGGAAUAUUUGGCAGCAGAAGUGUUGGAAUUGGCGGGAAAUGCGGCGCGUGACAAUAAGAAGACGCGAAUCAAUCCGAGACAUUUGCAGUUGGCUGUGCGCAAUGAUGAAGAAUUGAACAAGCUACUCUCUGGUGUGACAAUUGCGCAGGGUGGUGUGUUGCCUAACAUCCAAGCGGUGCUACUGCCGAAGAAGACCGCUGAAAAAGUGUAA